UUUAUAAAGAGGUGACUUGCAAAAAAAUUUUAUUUUCUAAGCCCCUUCUAUUCAAAGCUGAACAGUACAAAAGAUAAAGAAAGACAGGAUGGCUGAUGAAAAAGGUGGUUGUUGCACUGGACCGGGUUAUGCUACACCGCUGGAUGCCAUGAAAGGCCCGAGAGAGAAGCUCCUUUACAUUCCUUGCAUCUAUACUAACACAGCUACCAAGAAGAGUGACUAUCUUGCCACAAUUGACUGCGAUCCUGACUCAAAAGACUAUGGAAAAGUUAUUCAUCGCCUCUCAAUGCCUUAUGCUGAAGAUGAGAUUCAUCACACUGGAUGGAAUGCUUGUAGCAGUUGUUUUGGUGAUGCUGGAAAAAAGAGGAACAAGCUGAUAAUGCCAUCUCUGGCAAGCACUCGUGUGUAUGUCAUUGAAACUGGUACUAAUCCAAAAGAACCUAGUAUCCACAAGGUUGUUGAGCCUGAUGAUAUCAUUAAGAAGACUGGACUAGCUAUACCACACACUUCUCACUGUUUGGCUAAUGGGCAAGUGAUGAUAAGCACAAUGGGGGAUCCUGAAGGAAAGGCUAAAGGUGGGUUUGUCCUUCUUGAUGGUGAGUCAUUUGAAGUUGCUGGUAACUGGGAGAAGUCACACUCUUCGGUUCCUUUUGGUUAUGAUUUCUGGUAUCAGCCACGUCACAACGUAAUGCUAAGCAGCGAAUGGGGAGAACCCAACUGCUUUUUAAAGGGAUUUAAUCCAGCUGAUGUACAGAAUGGGAAGUAUGGCCGUCAUCUUCAUGUGUGGGAUUGGAAGGAGAGGAAAGUCAUUCAGGAUAUUGAUCUUGGGGAAGAAGGACUCAUACCACUUGAGUUGCGGUUCUUGCACGAUCCAAAUGCAACUGAGGGCUACGUUGGGAUAGCUCUCUCCUCAAACGUGUUCCGCUUCUACAAAAAUGAUGAUGGUAAAUGGAGUGCUGAGAAGGUCAUUGAUGUUCCUAAUAAAAAAGUUGAAGGAUGGGCACUACCUGAAAUGCCUGGUUUGAUCACUGAUAUUUUGAUAUCACUGGAUGACAAGUUUGUGUACUUCAGCAACUGGCUGCACGGUGAUAUACGCCAGUAUGACAUCAGCGACCGAAGGAACCCCAAACUAGUUGGACAGAUAUUUUUGGCUGGAAGCGUCUGUAAAGGUGGACCAGUGACUGUCACUGAAGACAAAGAACUGAAGGAACAGCCUGAAGCUGUUGAAUUGAAUGGACGCAGAAUUGAAGGAGGACCCCAAAUGUUGCAAUUGUCACUUGAUGGGAAGAGAUUGUAUGUCACAACAUCAUUGUUCAGCACUUGGGAUAAACAGUUCUACCCUAAUCUAGCCAAGAAUGGCUCGAUGUUGCUCCAGGUUGAUGUUGAUACAGAUAAAGGAGGACUCACUUUGAACAAGAACUUCUUUGUUGAUUUUGGACAGGAACCUGACGGACCUUCACUGGCUCAUGAGGUCCGAUACCCGGGCGGAGACUGCACCUCUGAUAUAUGGCUUUAAAAUUAAACAACUACUAUACACAACUUGAUUAUUAAAAUAUAUUUUAUGUAGAAACAGAGUUGCCUUUAUUAGAUUUUAGUUAUUAAUCGAGUUUAUUAUUUUUGUCUGGUAA